UUUUUUUAUAGUCACGUUCAUUUAAAGUUCAAAGUAAAGCAAUAGGUAGUAAAGUAAAAUGGUGUUUACGUGAAAGAAUAUUAGUAUAAACAAUUACCUGUUUCAAUAUCUCGUUUAUUUAUAUGACACAUUGAAUUAUGUCUAUGUUACAAUCAAAUGUUGAGCCUUCAUGGCAGUGGGGAACCAACGCCGAAUACAUCAAUGAUCCCCUAGCAGUGAUUUAUCACGAGGGCCAGUGGACUUUGAGUAAAGUUUCUCCUUUAAACAACUUACAAUACAACAGAGUGAAGCUCAAGCAAUAUGCGUCUAAAAUUCGACUAGCGCUGGUCAGUAGCGUGUCUGCGAAGUCUUCUGUCAACUAUGCGGUGCAGUUUGAUCAGCAAUCUCUAUUAAAGUACUGUGAAGAUGAUGCUGACGCUUUAAAGAUAAAUAUAGAAACAACAACGAACAGUGGCAAGACAAAGAUGGCAUAUACUGGGAUCUUGAUGUCCUGGGGGGUCAGCAGUGGUCCUGAAGGCACCAUUCACUUGCCAUACAUGCUGGAGCGGGGAGAGAGAAAAAUCGCAGAGGUUGUUAAAAUCUGCUUACAAAAGAUAUUUGACUGCAAUAUAAAACCAUUGAGUUUUACACAGUCUCAGCUGCUAAUGUUUGGCUUCAGUUUUGUGGAGUGCGCAUCAGCAAGGGGCACUGACCCUUUUGUCCUGUCCUACACCACUCCAGGAGCAGUUGACAUCAAGGACAAACUGGAUCUUCGGUUUGAAGUUGGCGACGUACACUACAUGUGGAAUGCAUUAAAAGAUGAGGUGGAGAAUGUGUCAGAGCUCAUAAGCCAAGUAUAUCAGAUUCUACAAAAACAAAUAAUGUAUACGAUACAGUAUGACAUAUCUUUCUUGGACAUCUUCAAAAUCACACUGCUAAAAGCGGAGGUCAAAAGCAACGGUAUUGUUAAAAUGAAAUCACCUGAAGUGGUGAAUUCUGUUUUUAGUGUGUUGAAUGAGAUCAUUUGCAAUGAGACUCCGUUAGAGAGCUGAUUUCAUGUGUGGCAUUCCAUCACUAAAGGGUCCUAAUGAUUCUUGCAAUACAUUUAUGUUUGAAUUUCAGACGGAGGACCCUGCUGUAAUGGAAAAACAUAUAUGAUGUGUUGAUCAUGUUGGUUAGUUAUGUAUGUGAUUGCUCUCAACCGAAAAUGUAAGCUAAAAGUCAUAAGUCUUAAUUUUUGUAUUUUUGUGGUUGUACUUUGUCAGUAGAGUUGACAUGUGCAUAGAUUUCCUGUGUGAAUGUUUUUGUCCAUACAAUUAAUUAUUAAACAUACAUACAUACAAUCACGCCUGUAUCCCAUGAAGGGGUAGGCAGAGCACAUGAAACUACUCAAGUUUCAGGGCCACUCUUGGCAUAUAAGGGGUUGAAAGAAAACGA